AUGGAGUCCUCAUUACACGGAGUUUGGGAGAGUGCCGUUGGCAAUCCCUUCAUCCCUACUGUCGGAAAAGACAGCCAAUUUGUCUUGGGAUUCUCAUUGUUGUGUAUCGGGGUUCUUCUUUCUGGACUGUUUGGACUUAACCGAUCAGCUCUUACCGUUCCACUACUUGGACUUCCUGCAUCAGCAGCCAUUGCGUUUGGUUCGGUUUAUAUGAUCUGCGCGGUCGGAGUUUAUGUUUAA